GCCGGUGAAUUGGGGCGAAUUCGGGGUCACGGCGACGCUUAAACCUCACCAAGUCGAAGGAGUUUCAUGGCUUAUACGAAGGUAUCUCCUCGGCGUCAACGUUGUUCUCGGUUUUCAUUGUGUAUGCAGGAGAUGAGGUAUCAUUUGUCUACAAAUGGGAAUUUGAGAGAAGUGGCCUUUGUUGAAUUGGGUUGAGUUGAAUUUUGAAUUCACAUGGCUAAGAACUUCACAUUUUAAUUCAUGGGCAUUGAAUCCAUGCCCAUGCAGUGGAAACCCAAAAUUUUACGAAUACUCAAAAUUCAAUUGAGUCAGUAGCUAAUUUAGUGUAGAAGUUGGGUCAUAAAAAAACAUGGAAGUAAAUUUAAAGUUAUGUUGAAUUGUUUUCACUGAGCUGUUGUGAAUUGUCUUUUAUAGUGUUCAAAAGCAAGCAUUAUAGGUGAAAUUCUGAAUUCUAUUGAAUUCAUUUGAAGACUUGAAAUUCAAUUAUGAUUUGGUGCCUUUAUCGAAAUAGUCAAGCAUCAUAGAGAAAACUUGAAUUUGCUCAAAUUUCUGAUAGGGCUAUUUCUUUAUAUUUCCCUUGGAUUGACCUGUUGUUUAUCCUUAUCUGAGUAGUGACAACUGAAGUUCCUUUUUCUUUUUUUGCUAUGCAGUAUUAUUAAUUAAGUUUUUCCAGAAGGGUUGACGGUAUUACAGUUCAGUUUGAAUCUUGAACCUUGUAGGAUUGUAGGGUUGCUUAUGGUUUCUUUGAUGAACCAUGCUUUGGUUGUGUUACCAGAAUUGUUUUAUACAAUGUUAAGAGUUAAUUCUCAGAAAGGUUUUUAGCUGCUCCACCACACAUGAUGUAGCUUAGCUGCAGUAUGCUGAUUGCUGUAUCUAAAAACAUCCUUACACUAACUACAAAAGAAGAACUGAGUUCACGAUACUGUUUAUGAUGUAGCUGAGCUUUAGUAAGCUUUUUCUUGAAUCUUCUUUAAGCUUACUUAAGGUUUAAGAAGCAAGAAAAUAAUAAUGCUUAUGGCUUUGUGAAAGAUAAUUAUUUUUCCAUUCCUAUGCAUGAUUAUGUUCAUUGUUGUGAAUUCAAAAAAUUUAUUGGCAGAUGGGGCUAGGGAAGACUCUGCAAGCCAUCUCUUUCUUGAGCUACAUGAAAGUCCAUCAGAAGUCACCUGGGCCAUUUUUGGUAUUAUGUCCUCUAAGUGUGACGGAUGGUUGGGUAUCAGAGAUAGCAAACUUUGCUCCAAAAUUAAGAGUUCUUAGGUAUGUUGGUGACAAAGAACACAGACGCAGUCUUCGAAGGACAAUAUAUGAGCAAGUAAAAGAACAGUGCUCAAAGUCUGAUGUAUCAGCCCUUCCUUUUGACUUGCUGCUGACAACAUAUGAUAUAGCAUUGAUGGAUCAGCAUUUUCUCUCCCAAAUUCCAUGGCAUUAUGCGAUAAUUGAUGAAGCACAAAGACUUAAAAAUCCUUCAAGUGUGUUAUAUAAUGUUCUUAAAGAACGGUUUGUCAUGCCAAGACGGUUACUGAUGACUGGAACACCUAUUCAGAACAAUCUCACAGAACUUUGGGCUCUGAUGCAUUUUUGUAUGCCGUCAAUAUUUGGGACGUUAGAGCAGUUUCUUUCCACAUUCAAGGAAGACGGACAUCCUUCUUCAGGUGAAAAGGUGGCUGAAGUUAAGGAUCAGUUCAGAACUUUAAAAUAUAUAUUGGGAGCUUUCAUGCUUCGUCGAAUGAAAUCUAAGCUUAUUGAGUGUGGAACUCUUGUGCUGCCCCCUCUUACUGAGAUUACUGUGAUGGCUCCACUGGUUUCCCUGCAAAAGAAGGUGUAUAUGUCAAUAUUGAGGAAGGAACUUCCUAAACUUCUUGCAUUCUCUUCUGGACCAUCAGGUCACCAGUCCUUACAGAAUAUUGUAAUACAGUUAAGAAAAGCAUGUAGCCAUCCCUAUCUUUUCCCUGGUAUUGAGCCUGAACCAUAUGAGGAGGGUGAACACCUGGUUCAGGCUAGUGGUAAACUUAUAAUCUUGGAUCAACUACUUCAGAAGCUAUAUAACUCUGGACAUCGUGUUCUUCUGUUUGCUCAGAUGACUCAUACACUAGAUAUUUUACAGGAUUUCAUGGAGUUGCGGAAAUAUUCUUAUGAGCGUCUUGAUGGAUCAGUUCGGGCUGAGGAGCGCUUUUCUGCAAUAAGAAGUUUCAGCCGGCAAAUAGUUGAAGGCAGUUUGAAUUCCCAAGAUGUGCAAAGUAGUGCUUUUGUCUUUAUGAUCUCUACAAGAGCUGGGGGCGUUGGCUUGAAUCUUGUGGCUGCUGAUACUGUUAUAUUCUACGAGCAAGAUUGGAAUCCUCAGGUGGACAAGCAGGCUUUGCAGCGGGCACACCGUAUUGGUCAGAUGAAUCAUGUGUUGUCUAUAAAUCUAGUUACAGGACGCACGGUAGAGGAGAUUAUAAUGCGCAGAGCAGAGAGGAAGCUGCAGCUUAGCCAUAAUGUUGUCGGGGAGGUUGACAUUGAUAGGGAAGGGAAGGAAAUGGCUGGAGCUGAAGCUGGUGAUUUGCGAUCUGUCAUAUUUGGGUUACGUAUGAUUGAUCCUUCAGAAAUCAAUAAUGAUGAAUCAAGUGAACCAAAUAUGUCAGAAUUGGAUGCCAUGGCUGACAAGGUAGUAGCAAUCCGCCAUGAACAACAAUUGGGCAAGGAUGAUAGGAAAUUUGAGGUUAACCCAAUGGAUCUUUUAAAAGGACAUGAUCUUAUUAUGGACAGAAGUUCCGUUUCUGUUGAUUUUGACCCUGGUCUAGAUGAAGCUUCAUAUCUUGUAUGGGUGGAAAAGUUCAAGGAGGCAUCCCAAUCAAGUGAUGAUCCAAUUAUACAAGUGGGAAAUAGAAGAAAGUUACCUGAGGAAAAGCUUCUAAAACUUGAAGCUGCAAGGAAGAAGGCAGAGGAGGAGAAGCUAGCCAAGUGGGAAGCUCAUGGUUACAAUUCAUUAUCUGUCAAAGAUCCUCCUUCCCAUGUUGAUGUUGACAUGAUAUCAGAUUCAGGUUCUGUUGACUUUGUUUAUGGAGAUUGUACACUUCCCUCAAAAGUUUGUCCAUCUGAGGCUACUAUCAUAUUCAGUUGCAUUGAUGACUCUGGGAUCUGGGGCCAUGGAGGAAUGUUUGAUGCCCUGGCCAGGCUUUCUUCAAGUGUUCCUGAUGCAUAUCAACGAGCUUCUGAAUUUAAGGACCUUCAUCUUGGUGAUCUUCAUUUUAUAAAAAUCAAUGAGGACUGUGAAGAACAGAGAAUGGACUGUAAUGCUCCUCAGUGGGUGGCUCUCGCUGUAGUACAAUCAUAUAAUCCUAGGCGUAAAGUACCUCGCAGCAAUAUCUCUGUUCCUGACUUGGAAUGUUGCUUAUCAAAGGCGUCAUUCUUGGCUGCUCAAAAAUCUGCUUCAAUCCACAUGCCACGUAUUGGCUAUCAAGAUCGCUCAGAAUGGUAUACCGUGGAACGUCUUCUACGAAAAUAUGCUUCCCUAUAUGGCAUAAAGAUUUUUGUGUACUAUUUCCGAAGGUCAUCUUGAGGAUUGGGAUUGACUAACAGAAUGCUUUACAAUGUUCAUGGAAUGUUUAGUUGUGGUUGAUAGAAUAGAUGAAAAGAUGAUGCUUACCUCCUUCCCUAGCGUUACAAUGUUCUAACUUUCAGUUUUGUCUAACCUUUUCCCAGAGCAUUGGGGUGGUUUUGUUGUAUUUAUUCUAUUGGGUAUAAUUGUAAAGACAUUGUUCCUAAGUGGGUUAAUGAAAAUUGAAGUAGCCAGGUCGAAAUA